UCUUCCCAGAUGCAAACGCCGACCCGCUCCCUCUGGAUCGGGAACCUCGAUAGCUCCGUCACCAGCGAGCAGCUCAUCCACGUGUUCGCCCCGUACGGUGCCAUCGAGUCGCUCAGGUUGCUGCCUGAGAAGGUCCGUGUCCUGUCCAUUCAUUUCCCGUUCCCACCGCGCUAACAUUAACGCAAUAGGAAUGCGGCUUCGUGAACUUUGUCGACCAGGCGGACGCGAUCCGCGCUAAGGAGGACGUCCUGAACCGCCU